GUGGAGACUCAACCCCUGGUCCUACAGAGUCAGAGCACUCACCAGCAGAGGCAGCGAGUCCCUUAGGGGUGUCCCCUAACCUCAGCAUGGAGUCCCCAGUGGCCCCGCCACCAAUUCUGCUUCAGACUCGGGCCAAAGACGGAGUACUGAUCAAGUCUGAGCCUGCGGGGUGCAGUCCCAACACGGACCGAGAAGAAGGGGUCUCUCUGAGUCACGCUGACGACCACUUACCACCUUCGGGAGGCCGGCGCAGGAAAAGACCGGUGCAGCGCGGGAAGCCCCCUUACAGCUACAUCGCCCUCAUAGCCAUGGCUAUCGCCAACUCCCCCGAAAGAAAGCUCACUCUGGGGGGCAUCUAUAAAUUUAUCAUGGAGCGCUUCCCUUUCUAUCGGGAGAACUCAAAGAAAUGGCAAAACUCGAUUCGCCACAAUUUAACUCUCAAUGACUGUUUUGUCAAAAUCCCACGGGAACCCGGUAGACCGGGGAAGGGCAACUACUGGACCCUGGAUCCUGCCGCUGAAGACAUGUUUGACAACGGGAGUUUUCUACGCAGGAGAAAAAGAUUCAAGCGCACCGAUGUGAGCACCUACCCGGGGUACGUGCAGAACUCAAGCGCAUUCACCCCUACACCCGUGGGGCGAACGGCGUACGCCAGCACGCUGUAUCCCGGAAUGAGCACCAGCUACGGUUCGCAGAACCCGGCAAUGCUGCACCAUUACCCAGCCCCGGCUGGGGUCACCCAAGGACAGCACAGAAUGUUCAGCAUUGACAACAUCAUCAGUCAUCAAACAAUAAUGCAGAGCGGGCCAGAAGGAGAAAUCAGCCCUCAAGCAUUGGCCUUGGGCGGCGGAGAGCUGGGUACGAUGCCCACCAGUUGCUCAGUCAGCGGCCCCGACCCUCCGUCAUGCUUCCAGUCACAGACUGUAAACCCCAACGCAACUGUGCUGACUAGAGGCAACGGCGGCAUGUCUUCAAACCUUGCGACCACAUACUCAUCAUAUCCAUCAUCCGCCUCUCCUCCUCAUCUAGCGACGAUGGCUCAGGGCAGCUUCUCCCAGGGCGGCCCCCAGGUGUACUACGCAGGGAACAGACUCUCUCUGCCGGCUGUGCGCACUGGCUCUUGCGCUGAACACACAGAACAGUUGCUGGGGCUUCCCGGUACCACCAUGAACUCCUACAACACUUACAUGCGACCGGCGAGCUUCGCGUCCGGACUUGAGCGAUAUAUGUAGGAACAAGUCAGCUUUUAUAGACUCACCGUAGAAGCCUCAUCUUUCGCGUUUUCGACGAUACUGAUAAACCGGUGAAAUCCGAUAAUUCUCCAAUUACUAUCAUACUAUCAUUUACUGACGUAAAAAAAUCCCCCAAUGUCAUUUAAUGUCAUCUAAAAUUUACUUGUUAUAAAUUUUAUAUCAAGUAAAUUGAUAUCUCAAGCAUGUUUUCUUUCAAAUAAGGUAUUUUAAUUCAGUACUUUCACUGUAUUUAUCUAAAGAGGAAAUUGUAGCCUUGCAAGUUAGAAGCAAACAUGUACAACUGAAUGAUUUUAAAAUAUCAGGCCUAUAAUUGGUUCAUUGUUGUUAAACGAGCUGCCGUCAAGCAGGCCUAUUUUCAUGGAACCCCAGAAUUUUAUAAACGUUAUUUCACACGAACUGCAAACAGAUGUGUUGGAAACGUUUGUCAUCUAAACUUAACACGCAUGAAAACGUUUGUAUAGAUUGUUUUAAUUUUGUUCUCUUUUUUUAAUUAUAUGUUAUAGAAAGCAAUAAACGCCUUGCAAAACUGCA